CCAUAAACAUAAUCAUAUCGAAAAAAUCAAAGGCAACACAGAUUGUAUUUUUUCAACAUUUGACCUUUCGGGGAAGGCAAAGGAAACAAGGCACAUACAGCCUAGUGAAAAAAUGUGUACCAUGGACGUAUUGUUUAAACAGGAUUGAUGUCUGUUACCUAUGAAACGGGACAAGUGAGAUAUAGAACUGAGGCCUAUGACCUCUUUCUCUUUGUGGUACAUGUUUUCAUUUUUGUUAAUGGUUUGUCAGGAGUUCAAACGAUAGACUUGUUCAAACUUUUUAAUAAAAAAAAUCGUGGGUGUAGUGGUACACGUGUUGGAACGAAGUGAAAAAUAUUUAUAUACCUCCCGCCAAUCCGCACUCGUCCCACCCGCGUGACGAGUCAUGGCUCAAUGUCCCUAUUCCGUUAAAAAGAACUAGCUUUAGCCCAGUGUGGAUUAGGCCCGGUGCUGAAUUGGGCAUACUGCGGAUUGGGUCCAGUACUGAUUGGGCUUGGGUGGAUUGGACCCAGUGCCCUCCCUGAUUCAUCUCAAUAUCUCCCUAUUCCAUUAAAAAAGUAUUCUUCCCACCAAUUCGUACUGGGGCUGCGUCAUGUGUUUUGGCCCGAUCUCCCGAUUCCGUCAACACAGCCUCCGCCUGAUAGAGUAAAUAAAUGGCAGUAUUUGAAUCGAAACUUUGUUUUAUUUCUUUAUAUAAUAUUACACAUGACUUCAUUAUUAUAGAUAUUUUAUCGAGAUAAAAGAAUAACGUUCUUGAUUGUCAUUAAGACGUUGGCAUGUAUUCUCUAUACAUGUUACUUCUUGAGUUUUCCUGUUGUCGUGCUGGCUGAAUACCAACACUCCUCACGACGGCAGUGUAUUAACAGACUCCUGCAAUCACCUGUUAUUCUAUUUGAGCCCAAUGCGUUCUCUCAGCUGAAGGAGGCGUGGUCCUGGCAAACCUUUGGUCAUCGGGUCAGCUUCAUUCAUAUCGGUCCCAAUGAACUUCAGUUCAAUCUUCUUCUCAAGAACACAGUCUCUUAUGAAAUGAGCCUUCAUGUCGAUAUGUGUUGACUUUGAGCUCACCAUUGGAUUUGAACCAAGUUUAUUUGCGGCUUGGUUAUCGCAGUAGAUAUUUACAGGUCUUUCUUGCCUUAAGUUUAGGUUUUUCUGUAACAAGCUUAGGUGAAUUGCUUCUUUAGCAGCUUCUGUUAAAGAAACAUAUUCGGCUUCGGCUGUAGAUAGCGCCACCGCACGCUGUUUUCUAGAUGCCCAACUGAUUGCAGCUCCAGCAUAUUUAAAACAGUAUCCUGAGAAUAAUUUUCUGUCUUCUUUACAAGCGGCCCAAUCAGCGUCAGCCAUACCUAACAAUUCUUUGUUUGCCUUUUUGUAUUGCAGCCCCACAUUCUUAGUUCCCUUUAAAUAUCUAAGAACUCUCUUAGCGCAUUUAAAAUGUUCAUCUCCAUAAUAGUCAUUAAAUUUAGAGAGGUAACUUACUGAGAACAUUAUAUCUGGUCUUGUGGCCACCGCAAGAUACAUUAGCGUACCAAUAAGAUUUUUGUAUGGUUAUAGGUUAUUUUCCCCCCCUAUCUUGGGGUUCCUCAUGAGAUAGAUGCCGGGUUCAAUAGGCGUCUUCGUGACCUUGCAAUCUGACAUUGCAAAUGUCUUUAGGACUUUUUCUAUAUAUGCUUCUUGACACAAUUUGAUACCUUCGUCAUUGUAUUGAAAAUCUAUUCCGAGAAGUCUUUUAGGUUUGCCCAUGUCUUUGAACUCGAAUUGUUCCGAUAAUUUUGACUUUAUUUGUUUUGCUUUCUGGAUUUGAAUAUGCCAUCUGUAUAUCGUCAACGUAUAUUGUUAUGACAGUUUUAUCUCCUCCUGUCAUUAAUAUGUACACACAUGAAUCUGCAAAUGAUGUUUCGAAACCAAUCUUUUUGAGUUCAGUGUCUAAUCUUUUAAACCACUGACGUCCCGAUUGUUUCAAUCCGUAAAGCGCUUUUUCUAGUAAACAGGCUUUUUCACCUUUUAUACCUCUCAUAUCUUCCAGCAUAUUUCGGGCUUUGUGAUAUAUAGUGAGAUCAUCUUUGUCGUUUUCAUCUAUCUGUUACAUAUUCUUCUAAAUAAUUGGGAACCUUCAUUGUUAUUGUUUCAUCUAGUUCACCAUUUAGAUACGCUGUAGUUACGUCUAACUGACAUAAUUAUAAGUCUUCCUCUAACGACAUUCCAACAACUGUUCUGAUAGUACUUAGCUUUGCGACAGGCGCGAAAGUUUCUUCGUAGUCUACGCCUGGUAUUUGUGCUACAAGUCUAGCCUUUUUAAUUUCAAUAUUAUCUGGGCCGAUUUGCUUUCUCAAAAUCAUUUUAAAUCCAAUCGGUCUCAUAUUGAUUUCCUUAGAAACUAUUCGCCAUGUACCGUUUUUGAUGUGAGCUCUGAUUUCAGAUUUUAUAGCGUCGUGAUAAUUUUCAUCAUCAUUAUCAUCACAUUUGUGUAAUUGUUCUUCUAUGUAUCUGUCCUUCAUCAGUUACACAUUCGGUGUUUUGGCUAUGAACAAUUUGUGUAUAAUCAUUCAUCCAUGUUGGCGGUCUACGUUCUCUUCGAGGUCGAAUAUCUGUAAUGUAAUUUUCAACCUCUUCAUUUCUAGCUAAAUUUUCUUCAUCUCUUUUUACAUUUACAUUAUGGUGAUUUUCACCAUCAAAUUGAGGUUAAGUUAAAUCAUCGUUCGUUCUUGAUUCGAAUUCUAUUUCUUUGACUUCUCUUCUACUUUCUUUGCUUUGUUUCUUAUUUUCGAUAAGAAUUUCUUAAUUUUCAUUUUUGUUUGAAUAAUACAUGUCAUUUAUAACCUUCGCGUCUCUGCUAAUCAUUAUGUCAUUUUUCUCGGGUAUAAAAAUCCAAUAACUUUUUGAAUUUGACGCGUAACCUACGAAUACACCCAUGAGGGAUUUAGGUGUCAGCUUUCCUCGUCGUUUCUUUUGGAGCACAAAAGCUUUGCUUCCAAAGACUUGGAGAUGGUUUCCCGAUGCUGUUCUCCCCACCCAUAGUUCAUAUGGUGUAUUUUGGUUGGACCUUUGAGGAUUUUGGUUGGACUUCUAUUUACAAGAUAAUUUACAGUAUUUACAGCUUCAGCCCACAGGUAUUUAGGCGCGUUUGCAUCUAUUAGCAAACACCGAGCUUUAUCUAGCAGGGACCUAUUCUUACGUUUAGAAACGCCGUUUUGUUGAGGCGUGUAUGGUGCGGUCAGCCGCCGCUUUAUCCCGUUUUCCUUCAGGUACUGAUCGAACUCAUUGUUUCGGUAUUCGGUCCCAUUGUCAGACUGUAAAUUUUGUAUCUUUACGUUGUGACAAUUCUCAACUUCUUGUUUGUACUCCUUGAAUAGCUUGAAUACCUCAUUUUUAUUUUUCAUAAAAUAUAUAUAACUAUAUCUUGUAAAAUCAUCGAUGAAUGUGACAUAAUACUUUGAUCCCGCCAACGUUUCUGUUUCGAACGGGCCACAGAUAUCAGUGUGUAUUAUUUUUAAAGGUUGGGUGCUAUUCACAGAGUCAUUUCUGGGAAAUGGUAGUCGUGUCAACUUGCCUUUAAUGCACGUUUCACAAGUUUUCAGCUUAUCACCCUUGAAAGUAAGUCCUCGUAACUUUUCAUCUUUUGCCAUUUGUCUCUAUCAUUGAUGUGACCUAGCUUCUUGUGCCAUGUCAUCAUCUCCGAUUCGAUUGUUACCGACUGUGCUUUAUCUUUGGGUUCACUGCUUUUAAUGUAGUUGUAAUCGGUUCGCUGUGCUUGAAGAAAUAGUUCACCGUCAGGUUCUACAACAUAUAUUCUUUGUCUUUUUCAAAUAUGACUUUGUGGCCUCUGUCGAUAAUUUUUCCCAAUUGAAAGUAAAUUUGAAGUAAGAUUUGGCACGUACAAGGUAUCCUUUAGAUCACAUAAAUAUUUGUUUAGGCAUACCUGUGCAAAUCAUUUACCUUUGACUGGCGCUUGGUCAGUCGCGUUUGGUCAUUUGAAGCCAAUUUUACGUAACUAUUAUCUUCGGAAAUAUUUACGAAAUUUUGUUUAUCAUUUGUCAUAUGUGACGUACAACCACUGUCUAAACACCAAGACAUCUUUGACAUAUUUACAUUAUUUACAUUGAGACAGGUGUAGAAACUUUUUCGUUGUUCUUUCUUGUCUUUGUCGGUCUUGUUGCUUGAAACCUUCGAACUAGUUUUGGUAUGUUUUUUCUUGGACCAACAAGAUACUGUAUUAUGAGAAUUUUUCUUGCAAUAUGUACAGAAUUUGUUUUUCUUUGUGUAGAAAGCUUCAGAUUUAUUUUCAGACUCUGAUUGCUCAACACAUUGUCGCGCCUGAGAUUCUUCAAAAAUUUUUAUUUUCAAAUCUUCGGGGCUUGGCAAUGAAUCUCUUGACUCGAUAGCUAUGCGAAAAUUUUCAUAAGAAUUUGGCAAACUAUACAAUAUCAUUACACUGAGCAACUCUUUAGAUAUUUUGAUGUCCAUAUCUUCGAGUUUAUCUACUAUGUCCACGAAAUCGUUUAAAUGGUCAUGUAUGUCUUCCCCUUGGGUCAUUCUUUUAAGUACUAACUGUUUCAACAGUGUUGCUUUUCGCGCUGGUCCGGUACUCUGGUAGGUAGCUUUUAGCUUGUCCCAUACCGCCUUUGAUGUUAUGCAGCCUUUGAUUUGCUUGAGUUCGGACGAGGAUAGCAACAAGAUAAUUUCGGCUUUGGCCUUCAAAGCUUCUUUGUUGAAUGCUGUCCUGACUGCUUCAUCAGCAUUUGGCUGUAGAGUUUUCGCACCACUCACAAUGUCCCAUAGGUCGUUCUUUAUGAGAACUGCUUGUGCUUGUAUGCACCAGGUAUCAUAAUUUGAUUUUGUUAAAGUUUCGAUAUUUACACGGCUGUUUGCAGCUGCUGCCAUUUUAGCUUUAUAUUUACACUACCCUACUAUACGUACAUGAAAUUUUAGUUACGUGAAUCUACCUGACUUUUGUGUUUAUUUACACACUAGAGCGUUCUGCUACCACUUGAUAGAGUAAAUAAAUGGCAGUAUUUGAAUCGAAACUUUGUUUUAUUUCUUUAUACAAUAUUACACAUGACUUCAUUAUUAUAGCUAUUUUAUCAAGAUAAAAGAAUAACGUUCUUGACUGUCAUCAAGACGUUGGCAUGUAUUCUCUUUACAUGUUACUUCUUGAGUUUUCCUGUUGUCGUGCUGGCUGAAUAUCAACACCGCCGUCAGUGGUCGCCCAUCUAGGUAUCCACCUAGCUGCCUCGCUAGUUUGGCAUUAUCCGCCAUACGAAACUUCGUUCUAAUAGAUAUCUUUAUAAACUAAAAGUAUGAGUGCUAAAAACUAUUCGCUUGCAUUGCAAGCGAAUAUAUCUGAAUUCCUGAUCAGGAAACCGAAUAAAGGAAUUAUACACGCGCCCAGCUUCCUGCGCCAAUUUAAUAACCAAACAUAUUAUCAAAAUAGUUUUAUCCCAUCAGUUAGCAAAACUGUUCGGUCACGCCCCUAAUCGGUUAGCAAAAAAUGUUAUCGUGUCAGCAAAUACGAAAAUACAGCACAGGUGACCCGGAUUAACAUGGGCCUAGGUUUGUUACGGUUUCUGAACUUUGAAUGCGUUCACAGACCACAAUUAUUGAAUACGUUGCUAGGAAACCAAAAGUGAAAACUUUGAUUGUGUAUUGAAAUAAGUUCUAAAUAACGUGCACAAAGCCCUUCCACAGCCAAAACAGUGUUAAAAACAAUAAACAAGCCAUAUAAAACUAGACAAGAAAUUUUGGACACAUUCACCAGAUAUUGGCCAAAUCCUGAACACUGAAGUCAUCUGAAUAACGUGAUAAAAUGCGUCUCAGAUAUUCUAAAACAUUAUUGGAAACCCAGGACACGGAGAGCCCCAUAGCAGAUAUAGCUUGGUCUCCGAACAAUGUCAAGUUGGCGGUGGCAACAUGCGAGAGGCUGGUGCUGUUGUUUGACCGAGAGGGUGUGCGCCGGGACAAGUUCAGUACAAAACCCGCUGAUCCUGCCGCCGGGAAGAAAUCAUACGUCAUUACAGGUAUAACAUUCAGCGACAAUUCAGAAUUGCUGGGAGUAGCACAGAGUGAUAAUAUGGUAUUCGUAUACAGAGUGGGUUCAGAUUGGACUGGCAAAAAAGUCAUAUGCAAUAAGUUUCCGCUCACUGGAUCUCCAAUGCGUUUGUUGCCAGCUGAAAAUGGAUUUUACACGGGCACAACGGAUGGUAAGAUAAGAUCUUUAGACUGUAAAAGUAACAAGAGCUCGAGCCUGUGGACGGCGGGCGCGUGUUGCGUGUCCCUAGCUCGCGGCGGUGAGGGCACGCUGGCGUCGGGUCAUGUGGACGGCACUUUAUAUCUCAACGGGCGACUGCUGCUACGAUACGCGUUGCCGCCGACAGCUCUGAUUCUGCUGCCACCUUAUCUAAUAGUGGGGUCAUGUGACGGGCGGGUCAGUGUGUACGAAGCGCAGCGAGGUGCACUAUUGCGUAGUGUAGAACCACAGUUACCACCUGACACACGGGACUUAAUAUCAGCUGAAUUAAGCCCUUCCGGACAGACUAUAGCAUUCGGUGUAUUUGACGGCUGUCUGGUAGGAGAAGUGAAGGACACAGGUGCCAUAGAACUGACGAUGCUACAAAUUCCAAACUUGUACGCCGCCAGAGCUCUCGCUUGGAGCGGAGAUGGCACCAAGCUAGCACUCGCUUCUCAGACAGGUGCCGUUAUACAAUUGGAAGCAGUUCUAAGGCGAUGGGUUUGGCGUGAUACAGUGGAGGUGCAACACGUGAGUCCUCGCCAACUGGUGCUCACUCGACUCGCCAACGACGCGCCGCCACUCACGAUUACCACUAAAUACGCACCGGAUAUUUUCAACGUGCGCUUUAUAGGUAAUGAUUGGUACGCGGUUUGCCGUACCAGCAGUACUCUGAUUCUCUGCGAUAUUGCUCGAGGCCUAACAAGUGAGAUAUCGUGGAGUAGCGGAGGCGAGCGAGUGUACGCAGCGGUGGGAGGCGCAUGCUUACUGCAUCGCGCUGGCGAACUCAGCGUCGUCGAGUAUGGCUUGGACAAAGUGCUGCACACGGUGCGAACAGAACGAGUCAACCCACACGUGCUGAGUGUUCGAAUCAACGAGGGUGCAAGUCGUGGCGAUUCUCGGGACCGCAAACACCUAGCAUACCUUCUAGACAGGCAAACCAUUGCUGUUGUUGAUCUAAAUACCGGUGUACAACUCGGUCAAUGGUGGCACGAAGCUCGCGUUGAUUGGCUGGAGUUGAAUGAGACAGGCCAAUUGUUACUACUGAGAGAUACUCGGCGAAGGCUCGCGCUCCUGCGUUUGGAUAUUGGGGAUAAGGAAAUCAUUGCUAGUGGAGUUGGUUUCGUGCAAUGGAUUGAGAACAGCGAUGCUGUCGUUGCACAAACGCCUACACACCUGCUUAUUUGGUAUAGCGUAUGGGAGUCUGACAGCGCCGAGAUGGCGGAGUGCAGUGGCGGACUAGCGGUAGAAGUUAACUCGCGACGGGUGCUGUUCGAAGGAGGACAAAUGCCUUACCUGCAGUUGGACGAACAUCGGCUCGCGUUCAAUAAAGCUCUGAGAAGUGGUGAUUUAGCUGGUUGUGCAAAAUACUUGGACGGUGUAGGAAGUGGUGCUGACGUAGCUCCCCUUUGGAGACAGUUGGCUGAACGUGCUUUAGCCAAUGAUGAAAUCCAACUUGCUGCAAAAUGCUACCGCGAAGUGGGCGAUGAAGCAAAGACCUUUUCCUUAGAAAAGACCGUUGAAUUAGCUGUUACGGAAGGUGACGGCGACGCAACUGCAGGUUUAAACAGCCCUUUAGUGCGUGCUCGUUUAGCCAUCUUCUCUGGAGAUCUUGCUUCUGCUGAAGAGUUUUAUGCGAAGAGAGCCGGGCAACCCGAGCUAGCUAUCGAUAUGUAUAAGAAGUUCAAUCGGUGGAGCGACGCUGUGGCACUCGCAGAGAGAACCGACCGUGGAUCUGUGCCGAUGUUGAAGCAACAGCAUAUGGACUAUCUCACCUCUACUGGUCGAUUAGGUGAAGCAGGGGCGGCGUUAGCUGCGUCAGGUGACGUGCAAGGAGCAGUACGGUUAUGGCUCAAGGGAGGCCGCGCGAGGCGAGCGGCUGCUUUGUUGGUGCAACACUCCUCACUGCUUCGUGACAACGAGCUGGUCGACGCUGUCCAUACUCAGCUCAUACAGGAAGAAUGGUGGGAGAUGGCUGGUGAAAUAUCGGAGAGAAGAGGUGACAGCAAAACUGCAGUGGAAUAUUACGCGAAGGGACGCAAUUACUCGAGAGCAGUGCAGCUCGCCCGAGAGGCAUGUCCUGGUGAAGUGACUAGUUUGGAAGGCCAGUGGGGUGCGUGGCUAGUGGGUUCAAGACAAGCGGGUGCGGCGGUGCCUCACCUCAUAGAGGCGGGCGAUACGCGCGCCGCUCUCGCCGCUGCACUCAAGGCUCACCAUUAUAGGAAGGCGCUGCAGAUCGUACAGGUCAUCGAUGACAAGGAGUCGAUAAAAAAGGAGUGUGAGCAGCUUGGAGAUCAUUUUAUAUCUACACAAGAAUGGGAGACAGCAGAACGCGUUUUGAGCUCCUGCGGUAUGGGAGAGCGUUGCGUACGCGCAUACAACUCAGCAGGUCGCGUCUCGGACGGUCUCAGAAUGGCAGCGGCUCAUCUCACCGAGGAAGAAACGAGGGACAUAUACUUGCCACUUGCGCAGCAAUUACGCGACGACGGCCAGUUUAGGAAAGCCGAGCAGAUAUACAUCGGCUUAGGGGAGGCUGAUGAAGCUAUCUCAAUGUAUAAGGAGGCAUCUCAGUACGAGGCCAUGUUGCGUCUAGUGGCCGCACACCGCAGCUCGCUACUGGAGGCGACACGACGACACGUCGCUCAAGCGCUGCAGGCGUCUGGCGAUCUGAGAGCUGCAGAAAAUUAUUAUAUAGAAGCUGGUGAUUGGAAAAGCGCUAUUCAGAUGUAUCGCACCGCUGGGCAGUGGGAAGGCGCUGAGAGAGUGGCGCGAGCUCAUGCUCCCAGCGCGGUUCAACAACAGGUGGUGCUUCAAUGGGCUGGCGCGUUGGGUGGAGCACCAGCUGCAAGACUUUUGGCUGCUAGGGGACUAGCAGCACUCGGGGCAAGGUGGGCCCUGCAAGCUCAGAGAUGGGAUAUUGCGCUAGAGUUGAGCGAUUUAGGUGGUGGCAUCACAAAACGGGAGGUGGCUAGGCACGAGGCAGCCGCACUGGCUGAGGAAAGGCCCGAGGAAGCUGAAGCAGCGUUCCUACGUGCUUCGGCACCUGACGAUGCUGUGCGCAUGUGGCUAUCCAGGGGACAGCAUCAGAGGGCUUUAGCUUUAGCCGAGCAACAUGCUAUUCAUAUGGUGGAAGAAGUGCUUGUUGAGGGAGCGCGUGCUGCAGCGGAGAGAGGAGAUCUGGCACAGUUUGAAACGCUUAUGAUCCGUGCCAACCGACCCAGGGAAGUCGUACAACAUUACAAAGAACUCGAAUUAUGGGAGGAAGCGUCACGUGUCUCCCGCGAAUAUUUGCCAGAGGGCGGUGAGCCAGUGCCGCCUUCCGUGCCGCCGUUGCUGCAGCAGGCCGCUGAACACGCCGACAGAGGGGAGUGGUGGGAGGCAGUAGAGUUGUUGAUAGGCGCAAGUGCAGUGGGCGCUAACGGUGGGGCCACGAAGUUGGCGGAGCGUGCAGCUCUGCGCGCCGCCCGUCUGGCGCGCGACCAUCUCCACGAUGCGAGGAGGCGUGCCGCUGCCGAUAUGCUUCUUGAAAGGUUUGUAGCAAUUGGUCAAAGUGACAUCGGAGAACAACUGAGAGUAGCUUUAAUAGAAGGGUAUAAUACAGAUGAAGAUGCUCAAGGAGCUUCAGCGGAAUACGAGGAAGAGGAACCCGCUAUGGUGACACAGCCGCGUGAAAUGGCACAGGACAGCGAGUCGGAGGCGUUGGAGCGGUUGGCCCGCGCCGGCCACUGGCAGCGGUGUCUCGCGCAUGCGGGCGCUAGGGCCCCACACUAUGCGCUCAGAUAUGCUGUGCAUCUCUUCAAAGCGCAUCCUCGCAUGGAAGGUAUAGACAUCGAAAGCGAGGACGUACCCGAAGCACUAGCGCAGGUGAUCGACUCCCUACGCCAGUAUCUCGUGAGCGGCGACGGUGCAGAUGCUACGGUAGCUAGCACUGACGUCACGCUAGCGAGAGCGGUCUGCAGCGAACUGUUGGUGCGAGCCUCGACAGCGCCCAAAGCGCUCGAAGCACUGAAAGAUGCUGCAGCGAUCAUGCACGCGGCCGGAGCUGACGAUAGAGCUAUGCAGGCUAUUACCUUGCUGAUGGCUCUGCACGUGCCCCAGAUAGCUGGGCGGGCGGCGCGCGCUUUGCCCCGAUACACUGACAUCAUUGUAGCCGACGUUACUUAUUACUGUUGCGGGGUGGCUGUACGCUCAGAGGGAACGAGUGGUGCGCGCGAAGCUUUUGUGCUUCUCAAUCGGUGCCUCGACCUCGCUGAGGCAGCUGACGACGACGCCUCGCAUCUACUGGACUACACCGAUUUUGAGUGCACUGACUGGUCGCGCACACCGCUCCUAUUUGAAAGUGCGUGCGUGCGAGGCGCGCCGAUGGAAGAUGUGCGCGAGUGGGUACUCGCCGUGUCCAUGGAUCAAGCGGUCGAACAGACAUUACCAGAGGACAGUCGCGGCAUGUACGCUUCAUCGGUUGGUGCGGAGGAGCCGUGCUGUGUGUUAACUGGGUAUCCUCUCGGCUCCCGCCUGGUAACUUUUACCAAUGGCCGUUGCGCCAAUCGGGAAUGGUGGUCUCGUAUGUCGAGUGCGGCGCGCGCGGGCGGGGCGGCUGCUAAGCUGUUACAGCACAUCGACCGCUGGUGCGGACCCGCUGACUACACGCACGUGUAG